AUGUUUCUCCCCACGGAGACAUCCAUGGAUGUCAUUUCUCCUCUCCUAUUCUCUCUUCACGUCUUAUCCUUCGCAAUCCCAAGCCUUCUUCUAUCAACACCGUCCAUCCCUCGUGUGUUUGGUACCGCCAUAGAUGGCCCUCCGCCAGAGGAAGCCCCCAAGAAAAAGAAAAGGAACCGCAUUUCCGACGGUACCUCCGUGACCAUGGAGUUGAUGUGGGCAAAUAAGAGAAAGAUGGCUUCUGCUGCUGCUGCUACUAAUGAGGCCAAUGGGCCCCCUACGUCUCUUGGCUCUUCGGUCACCGGAGAAGAUAUUUCGAGCUCUGGCUCGGCUCCCGGCUCGCUCUCGCCUGCUUCCCCGUAUUCCCCUGUUGCUGCACCCUAUCCUGUCGCCGAGCCCUCCCCCACAAGCCCUCCCGCUGAGGAUUCCUAG